GCCGAAGGGACGCUCUCGUUUUCUUCUGUGAAUUAGUUCCGUGUUUUACACUGGAACAUUACGGACCUCGGGGUCGAGGCUCACUCGUGUGGGAGAGUGCUGGCACCCGUCCGGUGCCUGUAAACAAGAAGAAGACAAGCGAAAGAAGUGGGGCUGAGUGCGCGACGACGCUGACGGCGAGACGCCGUUCCGACACCAUAGUAUCCGUCACUAGCGUUCGUGCGUUGUAGCACUGCGUAUCGUGCACGUUCGAUCAGUGCCUGUUUUAUGCGCGUGUAAAUGUGCUUUAAUCGUAUCCAUCGAUAAGUGAUUCGAAGAGAAUCCUCCUGUUUUUUUUCCUCCCCCGAAGCGUACGCGCAUCCCGAAACGCAAGGAAGAGAUACAUACUUAGGCGAGUUGGCGCGCUCGGAUCUUUUCGGCGCGCGUCCCGAACGCUCCCGAUCGUCGCGCCGUGCGAGACACGGGUUAGCGCUUUGCCCGUCCGAUCUCUCACGAAGCAAAAGGCGGCGGCUAAAAAUCGUGCAUCGUUUCGCGCGCGCGAGACCGCAGUCAUCUCGGUCUCCGUCGCAUCGUCUUCGUGUUCCUGGCCGGGAAAAAUAAAUCGCCCUUGUGCAGCCGUCGCGCGAACAUCACGGCGAGUUUCCCCGUGCGACGGGAGUGGGCGACACACGAAGAGGGAGAGACGACGCCGGUCGAGCCUUAAAUAUCGAUUUUGGACGAGCCGCGCGCGAUAGUCUGUCCGCCACGGCAAGAGAGUUCUCCGUUCCGCCACCUAUGCCGAGCAAUGCGAGCGACGUGCGACACGCGACAACAACAGUUUUGACAGUCAGCCGCCGGCGUAACAUCUCUCUGCCGGGAUCCUUUCGCAUCUUGCUUGAAUGCGCCCGACCGUGUGUGUGAAGUGGGCGAUUGGCGCUCCCGCUGACUCGUUGAGAAUGUCGUUUGCGAAGCGGCGCAACCACGUGUGCUCGGUAUCGUUUUAGUGAGGCGAGAAUCCGCGUCCGUUCGAAGCCGAAAUUCUGUGGGAUUUGAUCGGAAAAAUUGGCUGCACUUAAUGCCGUUCGAGAGGAAGCGCGCGGCGAGAAUCAUCAUCCACCGAGGGAGGCGAAAAUUCAGGACUGUCGACGGAACGGACGAAUAAAGCACCAUGUCAUCAUGGGGCGUCGUUGUCACUUAACAAGUUGACGGAUCGCGAAGUGUGUUGGUUAAGUACAGGCGAUAUCCAUCUUCACUUCUUCAACUUCGUAACCUAAAAUUAUUUCAAUUGAGACGUUUGACGAAAGAAAAAUUUCAAAUUAUUAAGGGAAGAAAAUUGUAAUCGUUAAAAUUUACGCCAUUCGAAAUUUCGGAGCGGAAUUAAACGUGCAAAACGGAAGAUUGGAUCGUGAUUGGCGAUUCGCGACGAUGGUCGCGGGUUCGUCCUCCCGCAUCUGUCAUUACGUAAACACACUUCGCGGAAUAUCGCCGACGGCGAACGGUUUUUAAUCACCGCGGAGGAUUUCAGCGAGGAGGAGCGAGAAGAGAGUUCGCGCGAGGGAAAGCCGCCAGCAGCCGAACACGGCUGCCGUUCCAUCGGGAAGAAUGGUUUCGAGAUACAGCGUCUCGAAGGAGGGCGCAGUGAAUGUCGUCGGUGCCUUAGGACCUAUGCAUUGUCUGCUGCCGCACUGUGGCGGUACCCAUCAUCACCACCAUCUCACGGCGUCGCAUCCUCAAAAUCCGCAGCCAGGUCACAAUCAUCAUGUGCAUCCCGGCCAUCAACCGCCGCCGCCGCCGUCGCCGAGUCCUCAUCUCAAUCAACUGGCGCAUCCCCAGCUUACCGUCAACAUCAGCCACCUCAGUCACCAUCAUCACCACCAGCAGCAGCAACAACAGCAGCAGCAACAGCAACAGUCUCAGCAUCAGCAAACGCAACACCAGCAGAUACCACCGCAGUAUCGCGUCACUGCGAAUAGGUCGGAGUUUCAUGGAACCUACAGCGCCCAAGGGGGUCAGGUGGGCGGGGGUGCAGCUGGUAAUGUAGGAGUGCCUACAGGCAGAGGGCCGCCGCCGCUCGGCGGUAUACAGACGAUAGGACAAUCCGCAGCGGGUAUACCACCAGGAGGUCCUGCCGGAGGGCAAGCACCUUCUCAAGCACCAGCGCCAGGGGUGCAGUCGCAACCACCGCAAGGUCCAGCGCCUACCACGACACCACCUGUACACACGCCAUCGCCGCAGGAAAUGGGAAAGCAGGGUCAUUUGCCGACGCAACCGCCGUCUUUGCAGCCGGUUUACGUGCCGUCGCAAAGCCGACCGGGGUCACAGAGUUAUUAUCCAACGGCUCAAAGGCCACAGCAGCCACGAGGUAUUAAUCAUAGAGGCGGUGGUCAGGGCGGUAGUGGAACACCGGUUGUCGGUAUGGCCGGAGUUGGUGGAGGUGGAGGGCAACCACCUGCGAUAUACUCGCACCCUGCUAGUUUACCAGUGCAAGCGAGUGCAAUGUAUAUAAGUCAAAGUCAAGUUCAUGGUCUUCACACAGGACCUCAUCAACCUCAGUCCGUCUAUCAAAUGAACAAUCAAAUACCGAUUCAGUUUUCUGGUCCGCCUCAACGACACCAACCGCAUCAAAAUCAGCCGUAUUAUCAAACCUUUCAACCACCUCCAACCAUCAUAACACCGCCAGGUGUGGCCUUCGGAUAUCACACAACCGCCACUCAAGCGCAUCAUAACUAUUAUACAUACAUGAAUUCGUCAAACAUGAAUUUGACUAGGACGAGUACGAGUGCUGUUAGCGGUGGAGCGCAACAUGUUGCAGGCCCGCUGACGGGUGCUCAAGGUGCUCCAGUCGUACCGCAGGGUACACUUCAGCAACCCACUCAACAAGCCCAACCUCUGCCUCCAAUGGGUAUACCUCUAUCGCAAACUGAAGAUUCAUUUAGUUAUUCAAAUUGGCAAAUGUACUCUUGUUCUUUUCAAGACGUGUACUCGGGACACAACGGUGCUGCGACGAACGCUAAUAGCACCACUAGAUCGCGAAAACCUAGAGGACAGAACGCCAUUUUGGACAUAGUCAAUCCCGUCACUGGUAAGAAUAUCAGUGACGAAAUUUAUUGCAGUAACGAAACUACGCAGAGUGGUGAAUCCAGUAAUCGCGAGACGCCACAACCACAGAACAAUGGUGCGGAGGUGAUAGCCGAUUUCGCUGCUCGUGUCGCGAAAGCCGCGACCGAGGAGUCUGACUCGGUAUCGACGAGCGCGUCCGAAACAGCGCCUAACACAACCCAAACAACGGCGCAAACGUCGUUAUCGAACGUUCAAACAAAUUCCUCUAAUGAUACAAAUAGUCAAUGUAAUACUGGUCCGCCUACGCCCACGCAAAAAACUAUAGCUGGCGCUGGCGCUGGCAAUAUUGCAUCUACAAUUAAUAGUCAAUCAUUAGGUACUUGUAGUAAUAGCGCACCGCAAGUAGAUGCUAACGCGACGAAAACCGAAUCGAAAGCGUUGCAACUCCCGAUUAAGGAGUUUCAGCCUAGAAGCGAAACAAAGACAGGGACGAUCGAGGAAUCGUCACCCGUUGUAUCUUCUCCGAUGGUCGCCGUCACGACUAAAGAUACUAUUUCCGUGCAGCUUACUUCCUCGGCUGCUAACAGCGAAAUAGCGUCUACGACAGCGACGGUGACGGCUGAGAUCGAACCCGAGGCCGCUGGUGCCGGAGCUACUGUUUCCGCUACUACUGCUCCCGCUGCUGCUCCUGCUAAUAUUGUCGCUACUACCGCUGCCGCGGCUGCAACUACUGCUACCGUUGUCGGACCCGUAGUCGGAACCGGAUCCGUGCCCGAGGUCGCCAAGAGUGUCAACGCCGCCUCCAACGUAAUACAGUCACCGGUCACUCCGUACUGGAGCAACAUCGCCCAGGAACUCCUGAAACCGUCCGCCACUGCCUCGAACAACCCCGUUCCUACCAGGGAGCCGUUCCCUAACUUGUCCGCCAAGACCUCGUCAAAUUUACCGCCGAGGAGGAAACCUAACGCUACUACCGAGCCGCCUUCGAAUACCAAAGAGCAGAAAGAGAGGAAAACCCGGGAGAAGAGCCUUGGCUCCAGGGGCGCCACUCCUACGCCCGUUCAUAAUCAGGCAGCAGAUCAUCACCAUCAAAAGACGAACGGUGACGCGGCAGGCGACAAAACAGAAGCGGAAGUGCUUCCUAGGAACGAGAUCCAACAAAAACCAUCAGAUGGUAAAGCUAUGCAAAAGCAGAAGAGUAAGAAUAAAUUGAAACCCUACGAGCUGAAUCGCAAGGGCGCGGAGAAGGAAGGCACAGACAUGGACGCCUUUGUAAACCCAGUAUCGGCGACAAAAGUGGCCGAGAUCAAGCAGGACAACAAGGAUCAGCACACACCCGCUCUGAAAGACAGUAACAAGGAGUCCGGCAGGGAGAUUAGUAAAGACAUAAAAGAGAAGGAUAAUUAUGAAUCGAAGAAAGAGAAGGAGAUUUUACCCGUUCACCCGAAAGUCGAGAAACACGUAGUUGCCGAGGUGCCCAAGGAAAGCGCUCCCGUGCAAGCCGCUCACGUUGUAGAUAAACUGCCGAUUAACAAGGAAGUGCCGAAGGAGUCCUCUCCGAAGAUAGAGGACAGCGCGAAGUCGAAUGUAUGUAACGCGCAACCGAAAGCAGCAGUAGUUCCUAACGACGUCGUCGAUCACGCGUUAAUCAAGGAGGAGAUCAACUUGGAAGCAUUGGUCGCGCAAAAGAACGAGGAGAACUUCAAGGUUUCAGCGUUGCUCGCGUCCAACGACGAAAAGGUAACGCCGACAGUGAUGCCGGCAGCGGUUAUCGAGAAGAAGCAGCAGCUGCAGGAAGUGGAAGCUCCGAGCGGCGGUAGUAACGCGUCGACUGAAAUCACCACGCCUAGACAGCCACAACUCAAGUACACAUACAAAGAGGAUCAGUGGAGUCCGAUAAACACCACUGGUAAGAAGAUCUACGAUAGAGAUUUCUUGAUGAAGCUGCAACAUGAACCCAAUAGCAAGAUUAAGCCACCGAAUUUGCCAAAUCUGCAAGCUGUUUUGAAAGACACUAUACAGAAUAUUAACUCCACUCUGGAUUUGAGGACAUUCAAGGAUGCAAAUCUUACCAGACACGACUCACUGAUGCCUGGAUUUGCUAAAUCAAACUUGAACGCACGCCCGCCGGCAACAAGUAGUCGUAAGAGCGACAGAGGCAAACCUAAGCCCAGUAAGCCCAAUGUCAUACACGUCUCUUUGUCACUCCGAGAAGAUGUGAAACUGAGAGAGACGGAGAACGCUUGGAAACCCACAAGGCUGAAGCAGUUGUUUAUAACCGAGGAAGACGCGAAGACCGAGGCUCUCUACAAGCGAGUGCGCAGUGUGUUGAACAAGCUCACUCCGCAAAAAUUCGCCACCUUGGUGGAGCAAAUUAAGCAUUUACCCAUUGAUACACAAGAACGUCUACAGGGAGUAAUCAAUCUGGUCUUCGAAAAAGCCGUCGACGAGCCCAGCUUCUCCGUAGAAUACGCAUUGUUGUGCAAAGAACUGGCCUUGAUGGAGGUUGCAGGCGGCGAUCAAGAUUGUUCUAUCAGCUUUAAGAAACUCAUUAUCACUCGUUGCCAAAAAGAAUUUGAAAAGAAUCCGAUUGACGAUGUUGCUAGGAAUAGAAGAAUUAAGGAAAUUGAUGAAUGCACAGAUCCUGAAAAGAAAAAGGAAUUACAGUUGGCUCUCGAGGACGAGGAACGUCGGAUACGUGUGAAAUCUGUAGGAAAUAUUCGGUUUAUUGGUGAAUUAUACAAACAACAAAUAUUGACUACGAAAAUCAUGCACCGCUGCGUCCGACAUUUAUUGGAGCAAAAUGAUGAAGACAACUUGGAGUGCCUGUGCAAGCUGUUAACGACAAUUGGCAAGGAUUUAGAAUUGAAAGGAUCUCCCGAGGAAAUGCAAGAAUAUUUCGGCAAAAUGCAAGAAAUGGUCAUUCGAAAAGGUCAUAGCAAGAUCAGUUCUAGGAUCCGUUUCAUGCUGCAAGAUGUUAUAGAUUUAAGAGCGAAUAAAUGGAUCCCAAGAAGAAACGAGAAUAAUCCCAAGACGAUAGACCAGAUCCAAAAGGAAGCGGAAUCCGAGAGGCUGGACAUGCAAGUGAACAGCGCACCGUUGAACACUCCACGAAAAGAUGAUCGCAAUAACGACAGGAAAAGAAAUCGUGGAUUAGGCGGUCCUACUGACGAUGGUUGGAGUCAACCAGUAGGAAGGGUUAGACCUACCACGUAUUCGGUGGAAACAGCGAAAUUGAAGAACAAGCCGCCUCCCAUGGAUGAUAUGCAGCUUGGUAAUAGGGCUUCUUAUUUGUGGCGAGCUACCACCCCGUCCAAUAACUCCAAGACAAUAAGUGCGAAUAAAUUUGCAUGUUUAGAGAACAUGUCUAAUCUAGAUCAGGACAAACGGAUGCCGCCGCUACCACUCUCUGGAUCGAGAUCAACGGGUCCCAGGGAAUGUGGUCGCGAUUACAAAUCUUAUGACGGAAGGAGUUCUCGUAACGGUACUCACCAAUUGGGCGCAGCGUCGAGCAGAGACAGUCAUCCGUUAUUAGAUAGUGCGCAGGGUAGAAAUGUGUCGAUGCCUCUGCCUGUAAUGAAAUCUGUUUCGCAAUCUGGCGCAAUCAGCCACAAACCCGCAAUGUCGGAACAAGAAUUCAUCAAGGCUCAUAAUUCCAUAUUAAAACACUACCUUGAGGAACCAAUUGUCGAAAAUACGGGAUUAGAAGUUCAGCAACAAAAGUUCGAUAUUGAUACCUUGAACAAGUUCACGCGCGAAUGCAUCAACUAUGUUCUGGAAAAAUCGCCGACCGAGCGAGAACUGGUUUCCAAACUUCUGUCCCAUCUGCUUAGGAGAAAUAUUCUACCUAUGAAGUGUUUCAAAGAAGGGUUAGGAGAAGUGUUGGAAAUUGUGGACGAUUUGGUUAUAGAUAUACCAAAAAUUUGGACGUAUUUAGCGGAAAUAUUGUCACAUUCGAUAGAGGACGGCGCUAUCCCGUUAUCCGAAAUGAAGAGCGUAUUUCUAAGUUUGAGGCGUCAAGGCUACGUAGGCAAGUUCAUCGGUGAACUUCUGACGAAAGUAUCUCUUAGCAAAGGACCUAAAUGGGUUGCCGAUAAAUGGGACCAAAGCGGACUGCAAUGGAGCAACUUAAUUGACACAGAUCUGGAAAAUAUGGAAAAGAUCAUCACGGAAUACAAUUUAGAGUUCCUAACUGGUGAUUAUAAUAGUGCCAAAGGCUUUCCUACUACCGAUCAACUCUCGUUAGAAAAAAUUCAGGAUUAUCUCACGAGGCUCAUGAAGGAUAAUACUUCCUUUGACGAAAUUUGCAGUUGGAUAACUGCAAAUGUUGGUAGUAGAGAUAAAGACCCCAGGUUUAUAAGACAUUUAAUGACUGCCAUUUUAGAUACUACGUUAGAAAAAAAUCACGACACUUGGAAAUUAAAUUUAGAAACUUUUGCGAGCUUGCAAAUGCUGAUCCAACGGUUCGUCGAUGCGAAUGAAUUAUUAGAGUUGCAAUGUCUUUAUGCAAUUCAACAUUACAUAAAUAAAAUUGAGUUCCCACCUGGUACUCUCGUUCCCAUUAUGAACCAAUUGUGGAUGGAUAAUGUGAUAUCGAGCGACGCAUUUCUGACAUGGCAAAAGAAGACUCCAGAAUCAACGGAGGAUCUUGUAGGACAUAGCGUCUCAAUUGUCGCCCUUACGUCGUUCUUCACCGAUUUGCAAGAACCGGACGAUAAUUCCAGUGUCGAAGAGUUGUCAACUAGUGCGAAGCAGGACUGUUGACGAUACUGUGAUCGAUUACACUAUCGUCUAUUAAAAAGACUUAAAUACGCGUCUCCCCGAUAAAAAGAAAAAUACAACGCUCAAAAAUCAAAUUGCAGUUGUGUUUUUUUUCCCGCAAAAAUGAAGACGCCGAGUAUUGAACAGAAAAACUCCAAUACGAAUAAAUAAAACAAUGAAGUGAUAUGUGAAAAUGUAUGUAAUAUAAUCUAUAACUUUUUACGACUCUCUACUAAUGAGUAAAGAGGAGUAAUAAUAAUAAUAAUAAUAAAUACAGACUUAAACAAAAGAACGAAA